GGUUUUGCCUUUAAAAAAAAAAGGGGUGCUGCUGUCCUGCGGAUUCUUGCACUUUCUUGGUGAUUCCGCUUCCAAUUUCCACAAAUUUUUAUCAUUCCGUUUCUGCUCUAAAAACUCUACUAUUUUUAUGAAUUUUCCUUGCCGUUUUCGUCAAGAAUUCAUCUAGGAAAUAUCCACUACUUUUCUUGCCUAAAUUGGUUGCUAGCUUUGAUUGUUGCUCUUCGUUAAAAUUUUGGCUUUGUACUCCAACUGUUAGGCAAGAUUAAGGCUGCUGUUUUGGGUCCUUUCUGCCUCAUAUCCGGGCUGUUACAACCUGGUUUCUUGGUUUGGAUUCUCUUGGUAUUAGGUUCUGAUCAUACUCACCACCUUAGCUCUUGGUUCUGCAUGAUUUUAACUUCUUAUCUUGUGAGAUAACAAGUUUAGAGACAUGGGGAUCAAGGCAUGUGAUGCUUUAUGGCUAAUUGAUUUGGAUAGAUAUUGAGCUAAGGUUUAGACUCGACAUUAUGACAAUUUAGAAUAAUUAAGAACAUUUUACAUUAUGAUGACCUAGAAGUUAUUGAAGGGUUUAUAGUACAGUUAAUCAAAUUAAGAAUUAUAAACAAAUUAUUAGUCCGCAUGAUACAUAAAAAUUAGAAAAAAUCACAAAGAUUUCACAAGCGCAAAAUCCUCCAAAAGUUCACACAUGAUGCCUCAAUUCUGUCUCCUAAAGAAGUGAUUGCUUCUCCUCCCACUAGGGAAGUGCAGUCAUCCCAGCACUGCUUGUUAUAGAUGGAAUAGAGAACUCACAUGAAUGUUUUUAUACAUUAGAUUAUACAACCUACAUAAUUUAGUUAAAAAAUAUAACAAUAAUUCAUGGAGAACGUCUAUUGACAAAAGUUACUCAUAACGCCACAUGACAUCAGAACGAGUGGAUGCAUACUGAUUCACGUGUAGAAAGAGUCAAUAUGUCUGGUCAUGUUGGAUUCUUCCUGGACUGCAUGUCUACACCACAACUAAGCUUGUGUUUUUUAGGGAGCUUAGAGGAUAUAGCCAUGGCUUCUGGGUUACCAAUAAAGGAUGAAGGUGGGCAGUACAAUGGCAGGAUUACCUCAAUCACUCUUCUUUCUUGCUUGAUGGCUGCUGCAGGAGGAUUCAUCUUUGGUUGUGAACUUGGAAUAUCAGGUGGAGUAACCUCCAUGACACCAUUUCUCAAGGAGUUCUUCCCAAAUGUGUACAGAAAGAUGAAAGAGGACACCAAGAUUAGCAAUUAUUGCAAAUUUGAUAGCCAACAUCUGACCUUGUUUACAUCUUCACUCUACAUAGCUGGUCUAAUUUCUUCUUUCAUUGCAUCACCAGUUACUAGAGCUUUCGGGCGCAAGAUAUCAAUCCUUGUGGGAGGGGUUGCUCUUCUUGCUGGUUCAGCACUAGGAGGUGCUGCUUUGAACUUGUACAUGCUGAUAUUUGGCCGCGUUUUGCUUGGUUUUGGGCUUGGAUUCACAAACCAGUCAGUUCCACUAUAUGUCUCUGAAAUGGCACUACCGCAACACAGAGGGAAAACCAACAUUGUCUUUGAACUAGGUGUUGGCAUUGGUGUACUUAUAGCCAACAUCACCAAUUUUGGCACUGAAAAGAUCGUGGGUGGAUGGGGUUGGCGGAUCUCCUUAGCCAUAUCAGCAGUCCCAGCAGCGAUCCUAACACUAUGUGCCCUCUUUCUUCCAGAAACACCCAACAAUCUGAUCCACGAUAGCAAGAAUCACCAGAAAGCUAAAAAGGUGCUACAGCGUGUACGAGGCACUGCUGAUGUUGAAGCAGAAUUUGACGAUCUCAUAAGAGCAAGCUCAGUCUCAAAAGUCAUCAACCAUCUAUUUCAGAACAUCAUGAAAAGAAAGUACAGACCUCAAAUAGUAAUGGCAAUAGCCAUACCUUUUUUCCAACAAGUGACAGGAAUCAAUGUCAUUACAUUCUAUGCUCCAAUAUUAUUCAGGACAAUUGGUGAAGGAGAAAGUGCUUCACUCAUGUCUACAGUUGUGAUUGGCCUUGUUGGCACCACCUUUAUAAUCCUAUCUAUGCUAACAGUUGAUAAAAUUGGCCGCAAAGCAUUGUUUAUGAUUGGGGGAACUCUAAUGUUUCUGUCACAAAUAGUGGUUGGAGGAAUAAUGGCUGCUUUGUUGGGGGAUUAUGGAGACCUAACAAAAGUGUAUGGUUACCUGGUUUUGGUCUUUAUAUGUCUAUAUGUAGCAGGGUUUUCAUUAUCAUGGGGUCCAUUAGGAUGGUUAGUCCCUAGUGAGAUUUAUCCACUAGAAAUUCGAUCAGCUGGCCAAAGUAUGACAGUUGCUGUAGUCUUCCUCCUAUGUUUCAUUGUUGGACAAACUUUUCUAGCUAUGCUUUGCCAGUUCAAGUCAGGGACUUUCUUCUUUUUUGCUGGAUGGUUGGCUGUGAUGACUGCAUUUGUGCAUUUCUUAUUACCAGAGACUAAGAAUGUUCCGAUGGAGCAGAUGGAGAAAGUUUGGAGGGAACACUGGUUUUGGAAAGGAAUCGUUGAUGAAGCGGAUGAGAAUAGUAGGAUGCAAGAAGGAUCAUAAAACUAGAUUUAGAUGUAAUUGAAUCUUAUUUUCUUGCAGGACGUAACCAACUCGAUGUUUGAUGAAAUUCAUUAGGCAAGUAAAUAUGCAGCAGUUUAAUUCAUUAAUUUGUGACGAGAACCUUUGGAUCAUGCUAGCUAGGUGGUGGGGUAUUUCUUGUCAGUUCAGCUCUUGGUGGUGCAGCAUCUAACAUUUACAUGCUUAUUAUAUUCAGUCGUGUCUUGCUUGGUGUUGGUGUUGGAUUUGCAAACCAGGAUGCAGAAUCUGUUCCC